GGGGGAAGGGGGGGGGUUGGGAGGUAAAAGUUUUCUCGUAGUGAGCUUCUAUGCACCUCUGCUUCAUGAUACGCUCAAAGAUUUUGAGGACUUGCACUAGCUUCCACCCUGCACAGAAAAGACCCGCGACGGGGCAGGUCGCCAGCUUGUCUGAACAAGCUUCGUCCGCCCCCGCACGCCUAAGCUCCCACUCCACUGCCCCCCCAACCCCCUCAUCCUGUGCCCAAUCGCAGAAAGCAUCCUUUCCGUGCUUGAGCGCGCCUGCCAACAUCUCAGAAGUAUCUGAACAAUAUCCUCAAUCUGACGUUUGCGCAUUCCCUUUGCACGAGCUGCAAGCUCGCCCGUAGGUGCGCAACGUUCCGUAGGCUAUCCGUUUCUUGCAAGCGAAAACCCCUUCUCG